AUGGAAACUAGCAAGAACUUAGCAGAUGGUACUCAAAAAACCAUCUUUGAGGAAACCAAAAUGCCUAAGGAUAAGGUUGAAUGUUUGAAAACAUUUAGCAAUGGUGGAGUUAGUGGUGGUAGUUCAGAAGGGGCAUCUGGGGGUGGUUCUAAGGAUCUUAGCAAAAAGGAGAAGACUAAGGGGAAAAGAAAGAGGAUUGUUGUCGAUUUUGACCUCUCAGACUUUGAAGAUGAGUCUUUUGAUGAGAAAUUCAUUAAAAGAAAGAAAGGAAACGGAGUGGGAAAACAAACCCAAAGGAACAAGAAUACCCGUAAGAGUACUAACAAGGUUAAAAGGCAGAUACUGAUUUCUUCCGAUGAGGAUGCCGAGGUGGAUACAAAUGACAAUAUGAAGGGUAAGGAGGAGGAUGAGAUUCCGGAUGAGGAUCAUGGCGAGGAUAUGAGUACUCAAGGUGUGCAUAAUGAGGGUCAAGAGAAUAAAAUGGGAAAUCCAAGCGAUUGUCACGAGGAUAAUGAUGGCAUCAAGGGAUUUUGUGAAACUAUCAGUAAAAUGGAAAAAGAUAUUAGCAAUUUGAAGACUGACCUUAAUGUUAUUAAAAAUGCUACGAUAGGCGAAAAGCCUCUUUCUGAAAAUGUUAAAGAAUUAGUGGUUGUAAUUAACAAUGCUGAAGAUAUUGAGGCCAUGGUCGGUAAAAUUAUUGAAAUAGAAAAGAAGGUGAAGGAGCUGGAAGGGAAUAGAGAGGUACGUGGGAAACAUGAAUCGAUGUGUGGGGAAUAUCCCUUAGCGCAUCUGGUCUCAACAUGGGAACUUAACAAAGUAGCGCAUUCAGAAAACAUUUUAGCACAUCAGAGAAGGGUCGGCUUAACCAGUGAGCAGGUUGUAGAGGAUCCGACGAAGCGAGUGAUUUUGGAGCCCGAAGAUGCCCGCCAGUUAAACCCUGCGAAACACCGAAAAGAGGUAAAGAUUGUGCAUGUUUUGGGAGAUCGGACGAUCUGCACUACUUCGCGAAGGAAAGUUGCUCGCUGGUUAAGGUCCGUGAAACAGCGAAAAACACAUGUGAAAAUUGAGAUGGUUAAAGACUCUGCAAGUUUGAAAGAUCCAAUGGCUCGCUCGACUUCACGAAAGGAAGAUGCUUGCCAGAUAAGCAUUGCGAAAUGGCGAAAGCCAGGUGGUGCACAGGUGGCAAGUCAAGUUAGCAGUCCAAUAGGCAGGCCCCAGUGA